CACUCUACUGCACCGGGUGGCGUUGCGCUCCGCGGCAGCGUACCGUGGGGCCCCGCAGCCCGCCCUACGGCACGGCAGCGCCCGCACCCGGCGGGGCCAUGAUGGCGUGCGCCGAGCUGCUGGCCGUGUGCCUGCUGUCGGCAGACCGCGGCCCCGCUCCCCGUCGCCAGCCUCUUCCCAUCUUCCACGACAUCUUCCGACGAGCCGACAAGAACGAUGAUGGGAAGCUGUCAUUUGAGGAGUUCAAGAACUAUUUUGCUGAUGGGAUCCUGAGCUCGGAGGAGCUGUGGGAGUUGUUCAGCGGCAUUGACAGGCGUCACUCGGAUAAUGUGGACACAGAAAAACUGUGUGAUUAUUUCUCAGCCUAUCUUGGAGAAUACAGGAAUGUGCUCUCUGCCCUGGAAACCCUCAACUCUGCAGUGCUGGCAGCCAUGGACAAAACCAAGCUGAGGUACGAGGGCGCCUCGAAGCUGGAGCAGUUCCUGACGCGGUUCCUGCUGCGGGAGACGCUGCAGCAGCUGCAGUCCCUGCAGGGCUCGCUAGAGUGCGCUGUGGACACCGUGGAGGAGCAGGCAGGACGCGAGCGGAAGGAGGUGCAGAAAGCGGAGGCCUCGCUCGGCCUGCGGCCGGGCCGGCGCUGCGGGCGCAGGGGGCAGAAGAACGUCUGCCUGUCACCCACCGACCCCUACUCCGGGAUGCUAACCACAGGCGUUUGCGUGGAGCACAGCAGCCAGUGGAUGGCACAGAUCAACAGGCUGCAGCAGCUCAUCGAGAAGCUGGAGUGCAAGAGCCCGCGGCUGGAGCCACUGAAGGAGGAAGCGAUGUGCAAAGGAAGAGAUGCACACAUCCUGGUGGCAAAGAGGCAGAUCUCGGUGGCGAGCAGCAGCAUCGAGGAGUUCCGCCAAGCCUUCAGGUCCUACACGGAGGGCACUGCCGGGCAGAGCAGCUGCCUGCAUGUGUCUGCCUGCAAGCUGACAGAUGAGGCCUGCUUCAUUCUCUACGAGUUCUGGCAGGACGUGAGCUCCUGGAGAAGCCACUUGCAGUCCAGCUGCAGCAAGACCUUCCAGCGCUCCAUCAUCAGCUUGCUGGAGUCCCCAGAGCUGCUGACCACCAUGCUUUUCCCAGCCUCCUGGUGGAUCAUGAACAACAACUGACCCUGGGCAGCUUCUCCAGGAUGCCCUCAGCAUGCGCGGCAGGGCCAGCACCUUCCCCUCCCCCGUGGCACCUGCCUGCCCCUCCUUCCAGCAGGGGCUGCCUGCCCCUGGCCCUGGCAGUGCUUUACCUUUUGCUCUUUCCAUGUUCAUUGAUUGAUUCCCUCACCCAGAGGCUCUGUGGGGAGAGCAGGGCAGCUCCAGCAGCGUGCCUGGGGUGACCUGGCUCUGCUGCCCUCAGCCCCCCUUGCACUCCAUCUCCUCUUCCUCACGCUCCAUUUCCUGCAGGCUCCACAGGGACAGGCUGAGGGAUGUGGCUCUGGCCAGCUGUGGCAUCCUGAAGCCCUGGGCCAGCUGUGGCCCUGCCCAGAGCGCUGGGCUGCCUUGGGUGGGUUGUGAACAGUGUUUUAUAGGGGGCAAAAAAGGGAAGUUUUCCUGGCAAGAAGUGCCAGGUCUGGCCUUGGCCAUGCCAACAGCCUGUGUGGCCACUGCAAUGGCUUUGACAUUGGCCUCCUGCUCCCCCAGCAGUGCCCAGGGCACUGCACCCCCAGGGCAGGCCAGAAUGGGCAGCGGCUCUGCUGCUUCGCCCUGCGGUCAGCUGCCACACAGCAGAGCUGGCACCAGGCUCAGUGCAGCUGAGUUAAUGGUGAGAGGGGGCUCAGGCUGAGCAGGGCUGCCCCCCUUGCUGCAGCAGAGCCCUGGAUGGUGGCUUG